ACCGCUUAUGAUCAACCUGGAACUGUUAAAUCCAUCAUCCUCAGGUUGUUGUUUCCCCAAUGUGUGCACUGUGAAGAUACAAAAGGCUUUGUUGAAUAAAUAGAGGCUGUGUUUUCUCUCCUUUUCUCCUGCAAAAGGUAAUCUGAGUCUUAAAAGAUGCCUGGCCUCAAAAGAAAAGCGUGCACUGCUGUAAUACGAGGACUACUUCCCUGGUUUUUACUGACCGGCAUCAUGCUGCUGCUGUACUGUCUGACAAACCCAAGUCAAGUGAAGGUCAGGAACCUCCAAGAAGACACAUGUCCGCUCGUCAUGGCUAAAGCGUCGAAGGAAAGUCUGAAAAUUCCCUCGCAAAGCGUGAAGCCCCAGGCAGACGAGUGCGCCCCCAAAAUCAACAUCAUGUUCAUGAAGACCCACAAAACCGCCAGUAGCACCAUCCUCAACAUCCUCUUCAGGUUUGGAGAAAAGCACGAGCUGAAGUUUGCCUUCCCCGACGGACGCAACGACUUCUUCUACCCCUCGCCGUUCCUGUGCUCCCAGGUGAAGGACUACACGCCUGGAGAAUGCUUCAAUGUCGUGUGUAACCACAUGCGCUUCGACCACCAGGAAGUGGUCAAGCUGCUGCCUCCGGAUGCCGUGUACAUCACCAUCCUCAGGGACCCGGUGGACCUCUUUGAAUCGUCCUUCCACUAUUACCACAGAGCAGUUCCUCUGACCUGGAGGAUCAUCGGCGAGGACAAACUGUCUGGGUUUCUCAAUAAUCCCCGGGCCUUCUACAGUCCAGAGGCCUACAACUCGUUCUAUCUUAGAAAUCUGCUAUUUUUCGACUUCGGUUUUGAUAACAAUCUGGAAGCAGAUGACCCUCGUGUAAUGACAGAUAUUCAAAACUUAUCUGAACGUUUUCAUUUGGUCCUCAUAGCAGAGUAUUUUGAGGAGUCACUGAUCCUACUGAAGGAUCUUCUCUGUUGGACCAUGGAGGACAUUUUGUAUUUUAAGCUCAACGUUCGCAGAAGUUCAUCCGUGUCUCGGCUGGCUCCAGAGAUGAGAGCCAAAGCUUUGCAGUGGAAUGGAGCUGACUGGAAACUCUACCAGCACUUCAAUGCCACCUUCUGGAACAGAGUAGAGGCUUACGGGACUGAGAGAAUGAAACGAGACGUGACGAAGCUCCUGACAAGAAAUGCAGAGAUGAAAUCCAUUUGCAUCGAAGGUGGAGGUGCAGUUGAAGCGCAGAAGAUUCAGGACAGACAUUUCUUGCCCUGGCAGCCAGUUGGAGAACCUUCUAUAAUGGGAUACAACCUGAAAAAAGACAUUGAUCCCAAAUUUAGGAAAAUAUGUGAAAAAAUGCUCACACCUGAAUUACAAUACUUAUCUGACUUAGGAGUGAAUCUGUGGGUUACCAGGCUGUGGGGCUGGCUGAAGGACACUUUUUACUGACUUUGUUUUUCAAGCUUAUUUAAAUUUUUACAGUUUUCAAGUUUUACAUGGACCUGAUGUGAUGCUUAUUUAAGGAACUUUUUUUCUAAAAAAUGAAUGAAAAACACUGACCUGACUUGAAGACGGAGCUAUGCAGCUUUUUGCCUUGUACCUUACUUUUCUAAUUUGGGAUGAAAGAGAUAAAACAAAUGUACAAAUGCAACGAUGAACUUCCAUAAAAUAUAAAGAUUUCUGAAAAAGGAAGACAAAUUGCCCAACAUCCCAAAGAAAGGCUUUUGUGUUUACACUUCUAAAAUAUGUUUGGCUUCUAGGAAAACACAUUUAUUUAUUUUUCAAAAUUUAUAUGGCUGUGUGAUUAAAGGUAUUCUGGGAUUUGCGGGAAAAUUGUAAUUUCAAGCACAUUUCAACCUGAUGUCAACUGAAACAACUAAACACUGUAUCACUGUUUUAAUACAAUAAAUGUCUAAUCUGUACAUGUUAA